GUGUAUUCAGUGACAUACAUCCUGAGAUAAUUAUACAUGAUGCUGACCAUGUGUCAGGUACAAAAAAAUUAUUUGUUGCAGGCUGUUUUUUUCACUUAAAGGAGAUAAGAGAUUACUAAAUGUGUUCAAAAGAUGUGCAUAUAUUACAUUUAUAAGUGUAAUUAGUUUUUUCUCAGUCAAAAAAAUUGCUUUCAUUCAAUGGGUUCUAUGCACAGAGUUUUAAACUUCCGGUAUAAAAACUUAAUGUGACUAUUUUUAAAUUUCACAAGGUUUUGCAGCAUCAAUGUUUUGAUUUAAUUACAAUACAUUCAGUUAAAUUGACUUCAGCAUUCAUUUAGUUGCUCAAACAUAAAAUGAGAUGGAAAGCCAUUGUAACCACUUGCACCGUCAGAAGCAACAGGCUAGCGCAGAAAUUCCAGUGAAAAUACUGGGUUAAAAUAAUAGUCAUAUUUUAAAGACAUGGCAGGAGGAAAUGGGAUAUAAUGCAGUGCUUCUUGUCCAGUCUGAGACCCACUUCAUAUCAUAUAUCUAACAGGCACUGAAGAUCGCAGAUUUUAAAAGAAAUCAGAUCUGAAAUGUGCCAAUUUUGUAAUGCAAAGACAGGUCACCCGAAGCCCUCGAGCUGCCUGGCUGAAAAUGAAAAGUCUGUGUCCAUGUAGCCCAUUCAAAGUGUUAGAGGACUAAUUCAGCUUAUUUAUCAAAAUAAACAGAUACCAUUAAAUUGCAUUAAACUUGAGCUUCAUUUGAUGCAGCAUUUAAAUAUUUUAAAUGUGAUUAAUAUAAUGCAAACAAACAAAAUAUUGACCCACAGAAAAAUAGCUUAAUAUUCUUCUUUUUAAUACUCAACCGUACUGAAAUUAGGCUCAUGUUCUGUAUAGUCUCAAAAAAGAGCCUCAAUAUGAUGGCUGUAUCUGGUGGUUUUACCAUGGCCACACAACCUUCACAUCAUCAAGCCAACAAAAACUUAAAGGAGCUCAUGAAAUGACACACCCUUCACUUUUUCCCUGUCUGUCUUGACAGGGACUUUCCUACAAGUUUUGAGCCUGAAAGAAGUCCUGAACUCUGAUACACUUGCUUAACAAAGCUCAGCUCUCAAGUCUGGUUUGAGUUGGACUGGUUUCAAAACACAGUGUGUGGUGUAAUAGUGGAAGCACAGCACAAAACUGAACAGUCAUACUAAAAGUUGGAAAUACGUGUUAUUACAAUAAACCCUUGUAUGCUUGUUUUGUUUUCAACCAGAGUCACUCUCUCAACAAUAAUGUCUUCAAAUCGAAGUUAUAACUGCCUCAAAAAGGAGGCGAUAAUGAAAUCGCUGGCGCACAGGCAGCGCAGUGAGUCCAGCUUGUGAUCUUCUGACCUCUGUGGACCCUUGAGUCGAGAUGGCGACCCACCGAAAGCAUCUGGUCCGAGAUUUCAACAGAUACAUCACUUGCUCCAUUUGCCGUGGGUACUUGAUCAAGCCCACAGCUGUCACAGAAUGCCUGCACACCUUUUGUAAGAGCUGUAUCGUUCAGCAUUUUGAGGAGAGUAAUGAGUGUCCUGAAUGUGGGAUACAAGUCCACGAAACAAAUCCUUUAGAGAUGCUGAGGCUAGAUAAGACCCUAGAGGAGAUCAUCUUUAAACUGGUGCCUGGACUAAGAGAAAAGGAGGAACAUCAGGAAAGUGAAUUUUGGAGAAAACACAAGAUCAAAUCAAAUGGAGAAGAUGGUCCUAGAGCUAAGAAAUCUCGACUGAGUGGUGAAGAUGAUGAUGGGAAUGGUGGAGACUACCACAGGAGUGAUCCUCAGAUUGCUAUUUGUCUGGACUGUCUAAGAAACAAUGGCCAGUCAGGAGAAAGCAUAGUUAAGGGUUUAAUGAAGAAAUUCAUCCGCUGCUCCACCCGUGUUACAGUGGGAACCAUUAAGAAGUUCCUCUGUGUAAAGUUGAAGCUGCCAAGCUCUUAUGAGCUUGAUGUUUUGUGUAACGGUGAGAUUAUGGGUAAAGAUCACACCCUGGAGUUCAUCUACCGAACUCGCUGGAGACUUCAAGGGGACAGUGCUUAUCCCAUGGUUCUCGAGUACCGUCCAAGGAUCGACUUUGGCUAAACCACACUUACAGCUUACAGCAGAAAUCUCAUGCAGACUGAUGUCAAGAGAUGAACUAAAUGCAGAAAAACUGAAUGAUUGUGCCUCCGUUGAAAGACAACAACACAAUGCCCGGUGACUGACAGGACUGCUCUGUUCCUUCUGUGCACUCAGCCUUUAAUUCUCCGUUCCUCCCUCCUUCAUGCUCCCGUCUGACAGUCGUGGCUCCGCCCACUGGCUCUGGAUCAAGUUUGACGAUUAUAUUCCUCCAAAGCUUUCUCUGCAUGUUCUCUCUAUGACGAUGCCUUAGCAUAGAGCGGCCCGUUGGGAUUAUCUGAUAGCAAUCUAGCACAGACGGUAAGCUAAAACUCAUAGCAAAGAUGCUUCCCGGCCAGGUGAGAGGAGAAGAGGGGAAACUGAGACUUUUUUUUAGGUAGAUUUUAGAUUAGAGCCGUUUUAAUCCAAGAGUUUGCACUAUAGAGGCAAAUCCAAAUGUCUCGCUGUAUUGUGGCUGUUCUGUUUUACCUUUGCACUCUCUCAUUUCUUUUUAGUUACUUUGCUCUCCUGCUCUCACCACCCACAUGGUCCUUCACAAAUUCAGUGACUCUUUUUCAUGUCAUCAUUCGCGCACCCUUUAUUUCGCACACACACAUGUGCUCUCUCCUUCUCAGCCUCUUUCCAUCUUCCCUCACACUCUCUCAUUUUUCUCCAAUGGUGUUUUUGGCUCUGGUCUGAAGUAUUGAUGGAUCUCAUUCAGUUGGAAUUGAAUGAGAGCGCUGUAGAUGUCCCAAAAUAACAGCACUGAAAGGCA